AUGAAUGAACAAUCAGAGAAGAGUGUCACGCAAGAGGGACACACAGGUCAAAGCUCUCCUGAGAAAGACUGUCAGAUCGGACAAAAGCAGCUGCAACAGAUAGAGCGGCAGUUAAAAUGCUUGGCGUUUCAAAACCCGGGACCACAGGUAGCAGACUUUAAUCCUGAAACAAGGCAGCAGAAAAAGAAAGCUCGGAUGUCAAAGAUGAAUGAGUAUUUUUCUGUAAAAUACAAGGUCAGGAAGAAGUACGACAAAAGUGGCCGGCUGAUCUGUAACGACGCCGAUCUGUGCGAUUGCCUGGAGAAGAAUUGUCUGGGCUGCUUCUACCCUUGUCCCAAGUGCAACUCCAACAAGUGUGGGCCCGAGUGCCGGUGCAACCGUCGGUGGGUCUAUGAUGCCAUUGUCACCGAAUCUGGGGAGGUGGUCAGCACACUGCCAUACCCCGUUCCUGACUAG